GGUUGCGUUCCGCGGGCGGAAAGGAAGGGGGAGGUGGGAAGGCUGUGCGCCGCCCGCUCCUCCCCACCCCCCGCCUCGGCCCUGAAGGGGCUGGAUGGGCAAGUUGGGCGCGAUGGCUCGAGUCCGGGCGGCGGCGGCGGCGGCCGGAGGCGGCGGCGCCUCCUCCUCCUCGCCCCGGCGCCGGCGGUGAUCCGAACGAGCGGCCGCGGCCCCCGAUGAGACUGUUCGCGGGCUGGCUGUGCCUGAGCCUGGCGUCCGUGUGGCUGGCGCGGAGGAUGUGGACGCUGCGGAGCCCGCUCACCCGCUCCCUGUACGUGAACAUGACGAGCGGCCCCGGCGGGCCGGCGGCGGCCGCGGGCGGCAGGAAGGAGAACCACCAGUGGUACGUGUGCAACAGAGAGAAAUUAUGCGAAUCACUCCAGGCUGUCUUUGUUCAGAGCUAUCUUGAUCAAGGAACACAGAUCUUCUUAAACAACAGUAUUGAGAAAUCUGGCUGGCUAUUUAUCCAAUUAUAUCACUCUUUUGUGUCAUCUGUUUUUAGCCUGUUUAUGUCUAGAACAUCUAUCAAUGGGUUGCUAGGAAGAGGCUCAAUGUUUGUGUUUUCACCAGAUCAGUUUCAGAGACUGCUAAAAAUUAAUCCAGACUGGAAAACCCAUAGACUUCUUGAUUUAGGUGCUGGAGAUGGAGAAGUCACAAAAAUCAUGAGCCCUCAUUUUGAAGAGAUUUAUGCCACUGAGCUGUCUGAAACUAUGAUAUGGCAGCUUCAGAAGAAGAAAUACAGAGUGCUUGGUAUAAAUGAAUGGCAGAAUACAGGGUUCCAGUAUGAUGUCAUCAGCUGCUUGAAUUUGCUGGACCGCUGUGAUCAGCCCCUGACUUUGUUAAAAGAUAUCAGAAGCGUCUUGGAGCCCACUAGAGGCAGGGUUAUCCUUGCCCUGGUUUUACCCUUUCAUCCUUAUGUGGAAAACGUAGGUGGCAAGUGGGAGAAGCCAUCAGAAAUUUUAGAAAUCAAGGGACAGAACUGGGAAGAACAAGUGAAUAGUCUGCCUGAAGUUUUCAGAAAAGCUGGUUUUGUUAUUGAAGCUUUCACCAGACUACCGUACCUGUGCGAAGGCGACAUGUACAACGACUACUACGUUCUGGAUGAUGCUGUCUUUGUUCUCAAACCAGUAUAAACACGCGGAGGCCCAAGUCUUCAGAGCCCAACCCAAGAAUGUGCACUUCAGAAGAGGGUCUGCGUUGGCGAUUCUGUAAAGGGAGGACCUCUGGGGACUGCCAUUCUAAAUAUCAUGUAGGAAUUUAAAGAGCCAAAAUACUAAUUAUUUCUUUGUAGUGUGUAAAAGGAAUGUUUUUAAAAAACAAAAACCCAACUCUUUGAGGAUUUUUAUCAACUCUUUACUCAGUAAUACAGGCCACACUCCAAUUAUGGAAGAUAUUUUUUAUACUUAAUUGCAGUAGGGACUCAUUCUCAGUCAAAGCAAUAGUCAUGACUUCACAUGGAACCAAUAAAUAUGGAUUGUUUUUAAUAAAAUGAAGACUGGCAAUAAAGCUGUCCAUUCGAUUGCAAAUAUUUGGUUUUAAGGUAUAGCCACUGAUACUCUUUCAUGUUUAGAAAUUCUUUCUGUCAUUAUUCAAAAAAUGUUUUUAAUCAUGCUAAUAAACUUUUUUGGAGAUGA